AUAAUGAAUUACCUACGGGAUUAUUGAUAAGCAUUGAUCUUCAACAAAUAUAUCCAAUAAAAGGAGCAACAUUAUUGGGUAAUUCGGAUUUCACUUGUCCUAAAACUUGGCAAAAAAUAAAAGAACAUUUAAAUGGUCAAUCUAUAGAUGUUGUCUUAAGUGAUAUGGCACCUAAUGCUACAGGGGUUAAACAUUUAGACCAUGAUUUAAUCAUAAGACUUGCGUAUUCAGUAAUUAAGUAAGUUUUUUAUUUUUUAAAUGAUAAUGUUUAAGUAUAAAAUAACUUAUACUACCUAUUAUUAUGUUGACAGAUUUGCUAUUUUAAAUUCAAAUGUCGGUGCAACAUGUUUAAUUAAAAUUUUAGAUGGAAAUCAAAAUUCAGAUAUCGAAAAGGCUUUGAAAAAAUUUUAUUUAAAUGUAAAGUUUGUAAAACCUGAAUCGAGUAGAACCGAUUCUUCUGAAAAAUAUCUCCUUGCUCGUGGAUUUAAGGGAAUUAAACAGAAUUGA